AUGGUGACCUCAAACCUCUUCAACAACGCUACUGGAAAUGGACUCCAGGUCGAGUUCUACAAUUUCUGUUCAAUUUCACAGGGAAGUCGGGACAGCGACCCGGCCGGCCAUAAAUUCCAGCUUCCUCUGACAGCUAAAAUCAGCAUGCCCUUUGGGCCGGAGAAUGUUCGACAGGCUGCCGCUGGACUUGUCGUCCGACUUCACGAUACGUUCGACGACCGGAGCCUCCGAAACAUCGUCAACGGGUCUCCGCUGUGCUCGCCUCGGAUGCGCGGCUCGUCGACGACACCGCGACACCCGACGGGCUCUACGGUCCUAUGUUGGGCCGGCACGUGGUCAUCAGACGGCUUUUGGGCCGGACUUCGCAGCAUCCAUGGUCGAAUCGGGCUCGGUGGGCGUUAA